CCGGCCCGGUCGGUUUGGGGGUGUGGCUCUAGUCUAGCGAGCGAAAUCGGCUGGCUGCCAUGCCUCUGUUCUUCGGGUUGGUGGCGAGAGGGAAGGUAGUUCUGUGCGACCACGCCGAGGUGAGCGGAAACUUUGAGGCCUUGAGUCAAAACAUCCUCCAGACCAAGAGAGAAGAUGGCUCCAAAAUCAGCUAUCAGAACGGUCGCUACCUGUUCCACGUGUCGACGGUGAGACUACUGACACUCAUCUGUGUGACUGAGGACACGUUUGAGAGGGGAGUGGCCUACUGCUUCCUCAGCAGAGUCUAUGACGAGCUCUCCUCCGCUGGUCUCCUGGAGAAAGCCAAUACUUGUGGACCAUAUGCCAUUCGAACAGAGUUUGGACCAAAACUGGGGGAAUUGAUGAGAGAGUUUUCUUCAGCAGACAAAGUUACAGUUCUGCAAUCACAGGUGAAGGAGGUAACACAAGUCAUGACCAGCAACAUUGAACAUGUGAUAGCCCGUGGUGAGGCUCUGUCUGAUCUCGAGGAGCGUUCAGAACUGCUGCAGAACUCCUCAGUGGAGUUCCGAAACAACGCCACAAGACUCAAGAGAAAGGUUCUGUGGAAGAGCAUCAAGUUAUGGGUGGCAGUGGUAGUUGUCCUAGUGAUGGUGUUGGCCAUCAUUGCAGCUCUUAUUGCCCUGGGAGUGACUGGGAAAUUCAGCACAAAGAAAUGA